UAGAUUCAGUGCUGAGUAAACUUGGAGUAACUUCUAGAACUUUCUAGAACUUUCCAGUAAUAUAAAUAGUAGUAUAAAUACAGGGGCCUUAAGCCCACCAGUUCAGUUUAGUUCCAGCUGCCUAAGUGGAUACAUAUCUGCAUUUUUCUGAGAUGGCAACAAGAGGCUGCAAGCAUCCGGCAGACGCAUUUUGCUAUGUCUGCGGCCAAUUUAUCAAGACAAGAGCGAAAAAGUACUCCGUGGAAGCAUCUGCUAAGAUGUAUGAGGCCUACAAGGCAUAUUUCGGCAUGCCUGUCGGGGAUCAAGACAAACCCUGGGCACCUCAUUUCACCUGCGAGCACUGCAAAAAAACUCUGGAAGGAUGGUACAGAGGGGAAAAGAGAGCCAUGAAGUUUGCUAUCCCAAGAAUUUGGCGGGAACCCACUGACCACUCAAGCAACUGCUACUUCUGCAUGGUGGACCCUUCCAAGCGGACCGAGUUCUCUGUGGGGAGGAACAACGUCAAGUGGGAGCCACUGGUGGACCCCCCGAAGGUGCUGAUGCCACAACUGCACAUCAAAUUGGGCCUUAUGAAACAAUUUGUCAGAGCUCUAGAUAAGGAGUCGACAGCCUUCAAGUACCUUCAAGACUUCUUCCCUAAGCUGUCUGAGGCAAAGGUCAAAGCCGGUGUCUUCGUCGGACCACAGAUAAAGAAGAUCCUGGAGUGCAAUGAAUUCCCCAAGAAGCUCACUAGUAAGGAGAAAGCGGCUUGGAACAGCUUUGUCGCAGUGGUUCGGGGCUUCCUGGGCAAUCACAAGGCCGAAAACUAUGUGGAGCUGGUUGAGACUCUGGUGAAGAACUACAGCACAAUGGGCUGUAGGAUGUCCCUCAAAGUCCAUAUCCUUGAUGCUCAUCUUGAUAAAUUCAAGGAGAACAUGGGAGCGUACUUGGAGGAGCAAGGCGAGCGCUUCCACCAGGAUAUACUGGACUUUGAACGCCGCUACCAAGGACAGUAUAACGAGAACAUGAUGGGAGACUACAUUUGGGGGCUGAUUCGUGAAAGUGAUUUACAGUAUAAUCGUAAAUCUCGAAAAACUACUCACUUCUAAAUCUUUUGUAGUCAUUUUUGUAUUACUUUAGUAUAAAUACAUGUUAAUUUGGAUUCAUAUGUUGUUUUUUUCUGACUUUAUGUGAACGAAAAGACACAAAUUCGCCCGUUUUCUCAUUGGAAAUAGGUACAUUUCAAAAUAUAACUGUCCUGGCCACAAAAGCAAAGUUUGUGGGGAAUAAUAGCCAUUUUCUAUACUUUUGAGGCAUAAGCAAUUAGGAAAUAACACUUACUACCCAGGAA